UCAUCAAGGGAGCGAUCAAAUGCGAUACAAGAGAGUGCGUCCAGCGUUUGGCAAGCAAGGACGAAGGGCGAAGAAGUUCCACGUGACACUGUGAGCUUCGGACUGGACCAGGGAUCCGCUGCGGGCCUGUGGCGGCGUUGGAUUGAACCAGGAGGAGGAGGGGCAAGUUUGUUGAAAGAUGCCUGCCAAGAUAAAGGUUCGCGUGCUGUUUUUCGCUCUAGUGAAGGAGUUGCUGGGCAAAGCUGCAACGACCAUGGAGCUCGACGAGGGGACGGACACGGCGCGACUUCUUCAGCUGUUGACCACCAAGUUCCCUGCGCUCAAGUCCAUUUCCGGGUCCGUGAUGAUUGCCGUCAAUCGAGAGUAUGUGUACUCUCCGGUGCGGAUCAACAAUGGAGAUGAGAUCGCAUUCUUUCCUCCUAUCAGCGGUGGCUAAUCACAGCUGCGUUACACCCUCUCUCUCUCUCUCUCUCUCUCUCUCUCUCUCUCUCUCUCUCUCUCUCUCUCUCUCUCUCUCUCUCUCUCUCUCUGUGUGUGUGUGUGUGUGUGUGUGUGUAUGUGUGUGUAUGUGUGUGUGUGUGUGCGCGCGUGCGCGGAUCAGCAAUGGAGACGAGAUUGCAGACUUUGCUCCUAUGAGCGGUUGCUAAUCAAAGCUGCGAUACACA